AUGCAAUUUCGUCGAGGUUGGCAGGUCCCGUCAGCGGUGACACAAGCCAAUGCUGCUGCCGUGCAAACUGCUUGCGUCGCCCGGGUGGCACUUGAAGGCAGAAGCAGGGCUCGGCAGAAGGGACCAGGACGGACCCCAGCGAUCGUCGCUCCCCGUCUCCGCCGUCCAACACCCUUCCCUAUCAUAUCUCGCCUGUCAUCGUCAUGUCUGCAGGUCCAGGCAUGGGCGCCGUGGUCCGCAGUCGUCCGCGCCCAAGGCUACGUGAGCCUUCGUCUGCCAUUCUGCGGCGUGGCGCGUUUUAUCUUCGUCAGCGUCGACGCUAUUCGCUGGCGUGCCACCGCAAACCAUUCCAAAAAGCACAGUGAUAUUUGGUCACCUGCAGGGGUUCGCGACGCAUCUUUCGCGGCCCGGCACACGGGGUCUUCAAAUGAGGGCCUUCGCAUGGCGGGUCGGGAUGCGAUCGUGUGGGAGGCUUGCGUGCGAGGGGCCUUUGCUAUGGCUCGCAUUUGUAUCUCGUCCUUCGCCCUCACCAAGAUCUCCACUAUACCUCAGAUCUCAGCAAUGGCAUCCUCCAAGUUCGUCGAGAUCUUGGACACCUCUGACACGCCUUACUCCCGGGCCAACGUCAGUCUCGACGACGUCCUCGCAGAGACCCGCAAUCGAUCUCAAUCGCAGACCAGCCUCACCAGCUCCAGUGCAAGCGACAAGUCAAGCUCACCCACCACAAGUUCGCCAACCUCGACAUUCUAUGGGCAGCCCACACAACAGAUCAAGACAAGACUGAGGGGAUUCUCCAUGAAGAAGAAUAAGACAUGA